AUAUUCGUGGAACAAUGGGGAAGAGAGGGGGAGUCGCCGUCGUGCAGUAGACCAGCUGACAUCGCCUCCUGUUCUUUUCCUCUCCUCGUUUUUUGCGUGUGUACAACGAAAUGAGCUGUUGCUGCAUCAGUUACGCGAGCAGAUAAUAAAGGAUGAGUCGUGUGGACCUAAAGAUCGUCCUUUUGGGGCACGAGGCCGUCGGAAAGACUAGCCUUAUGCAGCGAUUUGUCAAUGACAGGUUCAACGAGAGUCUCGCCUAUCAGAAUACUAUUGGAUCAGCAUUCGCAUCUAAAGAAGUACAAGUUGGAGAUAAAAAACUUGUCCUGGGAGUUUGGGACACAGCAGGAAGUGAAAGGUAUCAAGCAAUGGCUAAAAUAUAUUAUCGAGGCGCAGCAGCUGCCAUAGUUUGUUACGAUGUCACAAAUCCAGAAACAUUUUCCAGAGCAAAAUUCUGGAUGAGAGAACUAAGAAGUGUUGAGGAAAAUUGUACUGUGUAUUUAUGUGCAACAAAAAAAGAUUUGCUAGAAUCCGUUGAACAAGCAAAUCCUAGUUUAGAAACAGUUGAGGAAUAUGCAGAUGGUGUACAGUCAAAGUUUUUUUUGACUUCAAGCAAAACUGGAGAAAAUGUUGUGGAGAUAUUCAAUGUGGUGGCAGAGGAUUACAUUUCAAACCCAUUGAAUGCAAGCAAUCUUGGAGACUUCAUUACUCUUGUAGAUGAACACAAACAUUCUAAAUGUUGUCCCUUGUGAUAAAAACCAAGCACAGGCUCUUUUUUUUAUUUAAGGACUUGUGCAAAUGACUGAACCAAUAACUCACUUUUGUACUGUAUACACAGGUGAAGUACAAUUGAAUUUUACUAAUGGAUAUUCAAUAAGAAUCACUUAAGGUGGGCAUAUAAUACUUUGACGUAACACAUUAACUGCAUCUAUACAUUUUUGAGACAAUGUUUAGGGUUUCUUGAUUAUCUAAGUCAUGGAAAUCAUUUCUCACUUUUAACUAAAAGAGAAUAACAUGUGUCUAAACUUAUACUUAAAAUUCAUAGAUACGCAUAUAUUUUUUAUAUGCUAUAGUACACUACUCUAUUUUUAAUUUUUUAGCUCUUUUUAACUCAGAGAUUGUACAAAGCAAUAUUUGUUUUUGGAAUAUAAAGUCUAGUCAAAUGAUGCCACAUGCCUUUUUCUAGAUGAUUUGAUAUAAAAUAUAAAACGUUCGAUAACAAGUAUUCUCUUGAAAAACGACUAAAUGCUCGCAAUUGUUAUAAUAUGAAGAGAGAUACUUUAACAAUCACUGUUAGCCAGGUCUUGGCUUGUAAAGAUCAGUUAAGUUACUCCUUUUACAAUACGUAAUUUUACGUAUACAUUUAUUAUUAUGUUAAUGAAUCAUCUAAAAGUUGUUGCUAUCCAUUUUUUUCACAAGUUACGAAGUUUUAUUGAAAUAAAACGAAGAUUCUUGAACGAAGAAUUAUAUACUCGCUAUUUAAAUAACGUAUAUCCAGUUAUACUUUUCUUAAGUGUAGUUUAUUCGAAGUAGAAGAAGCAAAUACUUUUAUUUUUAAUUAAUGUUAGUUUUGUACAAGAGCGUUUAGUAAAUAUGAGGUAAAGCGUAGAAGGUAUCAUACAAAUUACAAACGAUUUUUAUAGUCUUCAAAAAUAUUUUUGAUGAAAAGUUAUACUUUCUUAUUCUGGACUUAAAGGUGCGCGAGUUGAUAUGCAAAUUUUUAUUACUGGAAGAAAUUUUAAAAGCGCAUUAAGGCCUAUAUUCCGAAUCUGUGAUAACGUAUGUUGUUAUCAAAUCUCUGAAACAAUGCAGUUCUGUAUAACAAUUACACAUUUUGUUUAAAAGCAAUAUUUUUUUUAUUAAAA